GAUGUAGUUACAUGAGAAAACGUCAUGAAGUCGCACAUGCGCACUGAAGGGGAACUGAAAUCUCUGGAGCAAGUAUUGCUCUAACUUUCAUCGCAUUUCCUUACAGGAAAAAGAAACUAAUAGAAUUAUUAGUGACUCAGCUCAUGUAUUCCCCACUAAAUCGGACAAAUUUUGUUGUGGUUAAAACCCUAUCUAUAACAACUGGUUAAAGUAUGAAAAAACCCGAGACCCGUCCUCCCGAUUAAGUCUUUCAUCAUGGAAGAUCAGGAGUUCCAGAAGCUUCUGGUGCAGGUUCACAACUCCUUGAGCCAGAAUGAGAUGCUGGAGCUCGUGUUCCUCUGCUCUGAUAUUCUCAAGAAAGAUCUCAGUGAUGUAGUCACAGCCAGAGAUUUGUUUUCUCUCCUGCAAAAGCGUGACCUGCUAUCCUCUGACGAUUCGAGUCUGCUUGUUGAGCUGCUGAAGAUCAUCAAACGUGAUAAACUUAUCAGAGACCUGCAAUUAAAUCCACAACUCUCACGCAGUCGUGUCUCCCCCUUCAGGCGGAUGUUAUUUGAAUUGUCAGAGAACAUCUCAGAUGAUGAUCUGCGCAAUAUAAAAUUUUUGCUGAACAAGACUUUACCCCGCAGGAAACUACAGCAAAAUGUGACAGUACUGCAGUUGUUUCUGGAAAUGGAGAAGCGAGGCUGCAUGGAUGCAGCUAACCUUGGCACUUUAGAAAGCAUCACUGAACCUGUAUGCCCUAGUUUAAAGAAAAUAAUUAGUCUUUAUCAAAAGGAGAACGGUUCUAGUGUUCCUGAAGAAAUGAAAGGCAGGGACAAGUCUGAUUCCCAGGACACCUCAGUAACCACCAGACCAGUUUCGCCUGAGGACACUGCUGCAUACCACCAAGCUAGCUUAGCUAGCUGUGUGUACUCUGUCAUAUGGCCUCCAGGUAAUGCUGUACAAGAACAGGUUGCUCACUUGAGUCUUUCUGAAACUCGAAACCUCGCCGAAGGUGACAGGAACCUGAGCUUUCCUGAGCCUAACCAAAAUAACACAACGCUGGAGCAAUAUGACAUGAGUGGAGAUUGGAGAGGAUUCGCCUUGAUCAUCAACAACUAUGAUUUCUCAAAUUGUCAACAACUGAAGAAUAGAGAGGGGACAGACAUAGAUGAGAAGAGUUUAGUUGCUGUGCUCCGUUGGCUGGGGUUUGAAAUUGUGAAAAGGCAGGACUGCAAUAGGGAAAGCAUGCUGGAUGCUCUGGAUGAGCUGCGCCGGCGAGAUCACACUCAGGCCGACUGCGUGGUGUGCUGUGUGCUGACUCAUGGCUGUGAGGGUGGCGUGCAAGGGGUGGAUGGAGAGACAGUCUUGCUAAGGGAGCUGAUGGAGCUGCUGGAUGGCAAUCAUUGCCCUUCACUCCAACAAAAACCCAAACUCUUCUUCAUCCAGGCCUGUCAGGGUGUUCAGGAGCAGCAGGUGGUCUUCCUUCAGUCAGAUGGUCCUAAUAACAUCUCAGACAUGGAGCUCUUCUGUGAUGCUGAAGUGCCCAGAGAGUCCAUACCUGCAGGGGCUGACUACCUAGUGGCCAUGGCGACGGUGUCAGGCUAUGUCUCAUUCAGAGAAAAAUCUAAAGGAACCUGGUUCAUACAGUCACUGUGUAAGAACCUCCAACAGCUUGUGCCAAGUGGUAUUGAUCUGCUGUCCAUCCUGACUAAAGUGAACAAUGAUAUGAGCAAGAAGGCUGACAGAACUGGAACCAGGAAGCAGAUGUCAAAGCCAGAAUUCACACUGACUAAGAGAGUAGUGUUCCCUAUACCAAAAACCUCUAUGCCCCCUGAAUCAUCAUUUAUCUGAUUACUUUAUCUGGAUUCCUUUGCACAUGUAUGUAAGCUCUUACUCAAGACCUUUAGGAACUUUUUUUUUUUUUAAAUGGUCAUAGUUAUAUAUAUUUUAAUUAUUUGACAUUUUAAGGCCGGAUGAACGCACACACCACUGACAGUUUGUGAAAGACAUGACAGCAGUAGACAACAGAAUUGUACCACUAAUUGCAACAUGUGCCAUACUUGAACUACCUUCAGUUUACUGUGCAUUACAGUACAUUACAUUUGGGUUUGCCAUCAUGUAUGUGGAUAUUAAAUGUAUCUAAGUGUGUUAAACACCAAAUUAAAUUAGGGGGUUUAACAAUAGUGCAAAUGUGAUGAGAGGAUAUUUUAUAUAUUGCCUAUUUUUAUGGAGAAUAUAAAACAUUUUUCAAAUCUAUUUUUUAUAUUGGGUACAUAAAAUGUAUUUCUGCUGAGUUCAGUAACUCAGUAAACAUCAUACUGAAAGACUUUAACUGUAGCCCUUGUUUUAACCCUAUAUUUUAGAUACCGCUUGUAAAGUAUGUCUGAUUGUUUUUAUAAUACUUUGUUAUCCAAAAUGAAUUAAACACACUCCAAUUCUGAGCUCAGGUUACUUUACAGUAUGGUGUUUCGCAUGUUCUCCCCAUGUCAGGACAAAAUGUUUACUGAAGAUGAAUGAAUGAUAAUAUGAUGUGUAAUGUUAUUAUGGGAAAUCAAGUCAAGGUAGCCUAUUUCUCUCUUGAAAUUAAGAAUAUAAAUUAAAUUGAAAAGUAAUCCCU